CAAAAAUAUCACUUGCUGUACUUCGGCACGCCGUGCGGCGGCUUAGACCGGAACCGCAGUUUUCUGUCGUCAGCGGAUGUGUUAAACCUUUAACUGCGCAGCUUUACGCAGCCUGAGCGCGGGGCGAGAGCUCCACUACCGUCCGCUGGACCGCGCGCUGACGGACGGACGGACGCGCGCGCGCGGGCGGGAUGAGUGGGCUCGCGCUCGGCGUGGAGGUGGUGGUGGCGUUUCUGCUCGCGCUGUUCCUGCUGCAUCGCUACGGAGAUUUCCGCAGGCAGCAGCGCAUGGUGCUGUUCGCCACGCUGCUGGCGUGGUUCCUGUGCUUCCUCAUCGUCUUCACCAUCCCGCUGGACGUCAGCACGACCAUAUAUAAUCAGUGUGUGACUGACAAGCGCCAACUGGUAAUUUCACCUGUUAAUCGCUCCGGCCAGACGUCUAAUUCCUCCGUGUUUCCCACUCAGAGGGUAAUUCAGGUGUGUCAUAAACCCUGGAGUUAUAUUCCAGAUGGGAUUCUGCCUGUGUUCUGGAGAGUGGUGUACUGGACCUCUCAGUGUCUCACCUGGCUCCUGAUUCCGUUCAUGCAGUCAUAUGCUCGUUCUGGAGGAUUUACCAUCUCUGCCAAGAUGAAGACCGCCCUGAUCGAGAACGCCAUCUACUAUGGCACCUACCUCUUCAUCUUCUGCUCUCUGCUUAUUUAUGUCGCUGUUAGUCCCCAGUGGCACCUCUCCUGGUAUGACCUGCGGACAAUUGGCAUCACCGCGGCCAACACCUGGGGACUGUUCCUCCUUGUGCUGUUGCUAGGAUACGGGUUGGUAGAGAUCCCGCGUUCAUACUGGCGUGCGUCAUGCCAUGGGCAUCUCCUGGCCAAGACGUACUUCAAAGUCGCCAAGCUGAUGACCGAGAAGGCAGACGCAGAAGAGAACCUGGAGGAUGCCAUGGAGGAUGUCAGAGCUGUUAAUGAGACCAUCAAGUACAACCACCCACUGAGAAAGUGUAUCGACACCAUUCUCAGGAAGUGUCCUGUGGAGUAUCAGGAGAGGCUGGGUAGGAACAUGGAUGACUACGAGGACUUUGAUGAUAAGAGGAACCCAUAUCCCAGCAGAAACAGCCUGGUCAAGCUGCACAAACAGGUUAUUUAUGCGGUUCAGAAGCAUAACCGCACACAGGUGCAGUGGCAGAUUCUAUUGGAUGAGGCCUUCCACUUGGAGGAUGUGGCUAAGAAUGAGACUAGCUCCACCCACCAGUUCAUCCACAGUUUCCCCUCCACUAGCUCCACCCACCAGUUCACCCAUAGCCAACCCAAAGGCUGCUUCAGCAAGUACCUGUACACACCUGCUGUAGAGUGGUACUGGGAGUGUGUGUGUCGGCGCUGGUGUAAUCGUCUCCUGGCGGUGGCGCUGUGUGUGUUGUCGGUGGGUGUGGUCUGGUCAGAGUGCACAUUCUUCAGCACUCAGCCAGUCCUCUCUCUGUUCGCCAUCCUCAUCCAGCUCGCAGAGAGAGACUACAACUACCUGUACAUAGAGAUGGCGUGUUUUAUCACCAUUUUCUUCCUGUGCUACUGCGUUUACUCCACGGUCUUCCGUAUCCGGGUGUUUAACUACUACUACCUGGCACCUCAUCACCAGACAGAUGCCUACAGCCUUCAGUUCAGCGGCAUGUUGUUUUGUCGUUUGACACCACCACUGUGUUUGAAUUUUCUGGGAGUGAUACACAUGGACUCAACCAUCUCACACCAGCAGAGACAACAGACUACGUAUACCUCAAUCAUGGGGUCCAUGCAGGUGCUGUCUUUCAUUGCUAAUGGGUUUUAUAUCUACUACCCCAUGCUUAUAGUGCUACUGUGUAUCGCCACCUACUUCAGUUUAGGAACACGAUGUCUGAAUCUGCUGGGUUUUCAGCAGUUUAUGGGAGAGAGUGAUUUGACCUCUGACCUUGUAGAUGAAGGGAAAGAACUGAUCCGCAGAGAGAGGAGGAAGAGGCAGCGAGGUGAGGAAAGUGAAAGCAGACGGAGGGAGUGGAGAGAGAGGUAUGGUGAGCAGAAGGAGAAGUAUGCGGCUCGGACCCGGAGCUGCUACUCAGAGCUCAGAGAAGCGGAGGACUCUAAUGGCAGAGCAGGUCAGUGCAGCACAGAACAGUGUGAUCAGUCUGAGCUGCUGCAGGACGUGGAGCCUCUGGACUUUACUGGAGAUGACACACUGGAACUGGGGGACAGGAGGUAUGCGGGGGGGCGGAGCCUUUCCACUUCUGCCUCCCGCACGCGCAUUUUUGAUGAUGUGUGAGAGCAAGUGAAGGUUCACUAAGAAAAAGAGAGACGAGAAUUUGCACUUCUUCAAUCCACACUCUUUCUGAAGUGCCCAUACGCCGCUGUGUGUGUGUGUGUGUGUGUGUGUGUGUGUGUGUGUGUGUGUGUGUGUGUGUGUGUGUGUGUGUGUGUGUGUGUGUGUGCGCGCGUGUGCGUAAACUUUUCAUUGUGUGCAUUACCAUGUGUGUUUGUACGUGUAUAUGCAAUUAUGUGAUCAUGUGUGUCUGUGUUUUAUGUUGCUCCCAGAGAAACACUUCUCCAGCUCACACUGUCUCAGAGUGUCUCAGUGUUUCUGGGCCUGUCUGGUGCCGGGUGUCGGGCUGGGGAGGUAUAUGUCUCUCUGCCGCGGAGUUAACAAGGUCUCUCUCUCUCUGUCUCUGUUUUAGUACAAGAUUUACACACAGAGAUAAAUAGAUUAUGGUUAUGGAUUAUGGACUCGAGCAGAGCAGUCUUUUAUUUUGACACUAAUUAUCCCACCUGAUGAUGAUCUUGGGGACAGAGCUUUAUCCCACCUGAUGAAGGGUUUGGGGGCGGAGCUGUCUCAGUUGAUGGUUUGAGGGCGGAGCAUUAUCCCAGCUACUGAAGGGUUUGGGGGCGGGGCUUUAUCUCAGAUACUGAAGGGUUUUUGGGGGCGGGACUUAAUCCCAGCUACUGAAGGGUUUGAGGGGAGAAAUCCUAACGUGCUCACUCAGUCACUACUGACAAAGUACUGAACAGGUAUCUACGAUUCUGUACCUUCAGAAAGCGCCUUGGACAGAAUAUUUAAAUGUUUAUUUAUGUAAGUUACUGACAAUGAAGGAUUUUUUUUCCUCUUUUCUUUUUUUCUUUAUUUGGAACUGAGCUUUUCCACAAACAAACAUCUUAGCAUGAAAAGAAGAGGGGGUCUGAGUUAACAGAAGUCUGGAGGGAGGUCAUGGAGGUCAGAGGGUCUGAAUAAACAAGGAAGUACCUUACUCCAUGUAACUGCAUUACAUCACAGCAGGUUCCUGCUCUCACAUGGCUGUGAAUUUUGACCUUUUGUUCCCUGUGUUGACUUCUGUGACUCCCCAGGACAACUGGGAAGGUAAAACCAGUGCGUCACCCUGAAGUGACUUCACGGUUUAGAUGUGUUUGUUUGGGUUGUAAAGUGGUUGUAAAGUACCUGCCUGGCAACCUCUCCAGCUCUAAGUGCAGUGUGCUGUGCUCUUACGACGUGGUUUUGGGUUUUUUGUUGUUUCUGACAUUUUUGUGUUUUGACAACCUUGCUUAGUCACUGAUGUCUGCGUGUUUUCCGUUACUCUGUGCUUUGGCAGACACCUUGUACAGGUUCCUUUCUUCCAGUCCCUGUUGAAGGAAGGAAGUUUGAUUAGUGUGGUGUCAGACUGUCUGAGGGUCUCACAUCAUGGGGUCUAAUCAGCAUAUGUUAUUCUCUCUGGUUUGAUGCAUCCUGUUGUGCACUGAAAUACCUCAAAUAAACAGUUCCUGAUAUGUAA